UUCGGUGUUAUUAAAGUUUUCCAAUUGACAAUUUUCGGGUAUGACUGUCUCAUACACCGCCGAGGUGGCAACUUGCAGCCACUUCGGAUGUUUUUGGAAGCUUUUGAUGAGAUGGCGUGCGAGCAUCUACAAGAUUAUCUGGGUGGAUCUGCUGGCGUUUUUGUUCUGCUACUACUUAAUGGCUAUCAUUUACCGUUAUGCUCUAAGGACAAGCGAUAAAGCGAUUUUUGAGGAUAUUGUGAUGUACUGUCACAGUUAUAGUAACCUGAUUCCGCUAUCCUUCGUCUUGGGUUUCUAUGUGGGCAUCAUAAUCGAGCGCUGGUGGAGUCAAUAUAUCACGGUUCCCUGGCCCGAUCCCUUGGCGGUUUAUGUUAGUGCUUUAGUACGUGGUCAAGAUGAACAUGGUCGUCUGAUGAGACGCACAAUAAUGAGAUAUGUUUGUUUGGCCUUGACCAUGGUUUUAUCCAUGAUAUCGCCGGUUAUUAAGAGGCGUUUCCCAACUUACGAGCAGUUGAUUGAAGUGGGUCUACUGAAUGCUAAUGAGGCGAAUAUUAUUAAGGCAAUGGAUGUCAAGUUUCCGAAGCACCCGAAAUAUUGGAUGCCACUUGUCUGGGCCGCCAGUAUUGUCACCAGAGCCCGAAAAGAGGGUCGCAUUUGGGAUGAUUUCUCACUCAAAUCCAUGAUUGAUGAACUGAAUAAAUUCCGAGCUGGGUGCAAUAUGCUCAUUCACUAUGAUACGAUUUCGGUUCCGCUGGUUUACACUCAGGUGGUAACCCUGGCAGUUUACUCCUACUUCGCGGCCUCAAUUUUUGGACAUCAAUGGAUUGAUCGGGAAAUUAAGCAUCACAAUAAUGUUGUGAGCUACUAUUUCCCUCUAUUUAGCACUCUGGAGUUUUUCUUCUUCAUGGGCUGGCUGAAGGUGGCCGAAACCCUGAUUUGUCCCUUUGGCGACGAUGACGAUGACUUUGAGUUGAAUUGGCUGAUUGAUCGGAAUAUACAGGUCAGUUACUUGAUUGUGGACGAGAUGCACAACGACCAUCCGCAGUUGGUGAGGGAUCAGUAUUGGGAUGAGGUCUUUCCGAACGAACUGCCCUAUUUGGUGGAAGCGGAAAGAGCCGAACAUCCGGAAGCCUCCACCGCUCGCCUGGGCAUUCCAAAAGGCGCUCAUGUUGCAUCCGCAAAGAGCGAAGUUAGUAACGAAGACGAUUAUACCGAAUUCGACGAUGAGGAUGAGGUUAAUCCCGAAGUGACGAUCAAAUUCGCUCGUCGCUUGUUGAGUUUGAGCAAUAGUAGUUCCGUUUCGCUAUCGUUAUCGGUGUCGGGGAACCCGAGCAAGGAUACCCUCAGUUUAGAUGGCAUGGGUGCCGAGGAGGGUGAAGGCGAGGGGGAUCUAAGGACUUUGAAUUCCGACAGCAAGGACGACUUCGAACGACUGAAGGAGAGACGCGAAAAGGAGCGUAGGAACCGGCAGCUCCAGCAAACCGCCCUCGCCAUGGAGUUAAUGAAAGGAGAGCUGGCAUCGAAUGCAGGGUCAGCAGGAUCAAGUCGAACUAACGUACCGCAGAAGGACUCUACAGUCCAAACCGACAGAAGCUACACCAGUCAGAGGAAAAGAGAAAAGGAUAAGGACAAAGAAGAUGAGUAAUAAAUAAAUCAAGAACAAUAAUGAUCAAAAAUAGGGAACAAUAAAAAAAUACACCACAAAUUAAAAUAAAUGAUGGUAUUA